AAUGAUGAAGACGAACUGAAGUCCACUUAGCCUUCCAUUGUGGUCGUCACAGCUAGAAGGAGAGCAGCAGAGGCCGAGGACGAAUCUUGAGGCGACUCAUCUCUGACCUAGCAAAGCCAGAAUGUUUUUCGACGGAUAUGGAUACCAUGGAACAUCAUUUGAGCAAACGUAUCGAUGCUACCCUGUGUCUUUUAUUGAUAAGCCACAGACAGAAAAUGGUGAUAAAAUUAUAAUGCCUCCCUCAGCGCUUGACCGCCUUGCAUCUCUUCAUAUUGAUUAUCCAAUGUUGUUUGAGCUCCGCAAUGCUGCUGCUGAGCGGGUUUCUCACUGUGGGGUUUUGGAGUUCAUUGCAGAAGAAGGCAUGAUAUAUAUGCCUUAUUGGAUGAUGGAGAACUUGCUGUUGCAAGAAGGAGACAUUGUGCGAGUGAAAAAUGCGACUCUUCCAAAGGGAACGUAUGUUAAACUGCAACCCCACACGAAGGAUUUCUUGGAUAUUUCCAACCCAAAAGCCAUUUUGGAAACGACACUGAGGAACUUUUCUUGCUUAACCACAGGGGAUAGCAUUAUGGUGGCAUACAACAAUAAAAAAUAUUACAUAGACAUUAUAGAAACAAAGCCUUCUAAUGCAAUAAGUAUAAUUGAAACAGACUGCGAGGUGGAUUUUGCUCCUCCGCUUGAUUACAAGGAACCUGAAAAACCACUUGCAUCUGCUUCCGCAAGCCAGGCACCGGCAGAAGGUCAAGAGGCUCCGGCGGAUACUGAACCAAAAUUCACGCCAUUUACAGGAGGAGGGAGACGAUUGGAUGGAAAACCUUUGGCGUACCAGCCUGCACCAGUUUCUUCUGGGUCCAAAGACAAACGACCUGAAGUCGCCAAUGGUGGUGGGCAGCUUUCUGCCGGGUCUAGUUCACAAGGUACCUCUCGUCAGUCUCAGGGAAAGCUUGUGUUCGGUGGCUCAAAUGUAAACCGUGCUAAGGAAACACAAAAGGAAGCUGCAAAAGAGACUAAACAGGAGCAGCAGCCCCAACAGAAACAAGAGCCGAAGUUCCAGCCUUUUUCUGGGAAGAAAUAUUCACUGAAGGGUUGAUUGGAUUCUCCACACUAAAUGUCUUUUAACUUAUAUAUAUUGUUCGCAUUCACCUGUAAUUUUGCGGGUCAGAAUUACGAGGACUGCAUUGAACUGAAAGUAAUACCAAAGAAUGAAACCAACCGUAGGUUGUUUCAAAAUGAAGAAUGAAAUAUUUCUUUUGUGAAGUUCA